AUGGCCUUUCAAACUAGCAUUCUCCGCGACGGCGAAUGGGUAACUGAGACUGUCAACCUCCACGCGGCUUUGAAAGCAUCCGCUGCGCCCAGGUCAUUCACACGAGACCAUCCAGAACCGCCAACCUGCGGAGUUUUAACCAGAACCAUAGUGGAAAGUCCCAUAGUUCACUGGAUUCUUCCUGUUCGAUUGAGGUCAGAAAGCCACAACGAUAUCGCCUUUGUCGGGGACCACUUCGUGCAAAUAAGCGAGCUUCGGAGAGACGGGCAGGUUCAUGAGGUUGUACGAAAGAGUGACUUUGGUUCCAGAAUACGAGGAGCGGUUGUCCUGGGAGACUCUCUCCAGCAUGGACUGGAUGAAGACGAUCCAGCAAACAAUGUUAAAAUUGAAGACUAUGACACGGUCAUGCGAGACGCACUUGAGACUGGCCAUGAAUCUCAACCACGGCUGCCACCGCAACUUCUAGUCCUAAUGCUCGAAUCAGGCGAGAGUGUAUACAUGUUCUUGCGCAAAUCGCAAGGUUCAACACUUGAAUUUGUUUUGAAUAAGCGAGAAAGCCCCAAAAACCUUUGCUACUUGGGCUAUCAUUUAUCUGUCGAUCCAUCAUCACGGUACAUGGCCGCAGCCUCCCCGGAUGGAGUCCUCGUUAUCUAUGAAUUCGAGUCCAUGGCUGAACUCAACCAGCAGUACCACCAACAGGGAUUCUUUGAACCCGUCAAGUCAAUUCGAAUUCGGGCUAUACAAGGCGUGAUUCACAAAUUGGAAUUUUUGUAUCCACGUCCAGAAGACGACUAUCAUAUUAUUCUGCUUUUGAUUGUAACAAGAAAGGAAAGGAACUCGGCGGAACCUGUUUCGCGUAUGGUCACGUAUGAGUGGGAAGUGGGAGACAGCCUCAAGGAGGUAUUUGCCGAGGAGAAAACCGGCAACAGGCUGCCAAAGGAGCAUCGGAUGCCGUCACUUCUCAUCCCACUUCGAUUCAACACAGCCUUCUUCGCGGUCUCCCAGCCUGAUAUAGGCAUCGUGAAGAACUGCCUCUCUGGCUCACCCGUGUUCGAGGUGCUCGAGACGGACACCCCGGGAAGGACCCCUCUUCAUCACGGCGCAGACAAACCGCUCUGGACAGCAUGGGCUAGACCAUUCCGAAGACGAAAAUAUUUUGAGAAAACGGACAUAAUUUAUUUAGCCCGCGAGGACGGCGCCAUCAUUCACGUUGAGAUCGACGCUCCGGAGCUUGUUCCAUCUGUGACCAACGUGGGCUGCCUCGACACAAACAUCAACACAGCCUUUGCCAUUGCGUAUGAUAUUUUCUCUGAUGUUCUUAUUAUUGGUGGCGAUUCUGGCCCGGGUGGCGUCUGGAAGCUUGCGCCACGUACCGACCUCGAACAAGUCAGUGUUUUGCCGAACUGGUCACCAGUUGUCGAUAUGGCAACCUCUUGCUGGCGUCCAGUCAAAAGUCUAAACAGCUUGGAACACCACACCCCAAAUUCGAAAAUCCCCAAGACGAAUAGCACGCUAGUAAAGCCAGACAACUUAUUCAGUGCUUCUGGUCGCGGAGUGAGAGGCAAUCUCACACAGUGGAGAUGGGGCAUCCAGGGCCGGAUUGGUCUGGAUAUCGAGUCGGGUGAGCCUAUUCGACGCUCCUGGGGAUUCACCAUGGACGGACCCGAGAGUGAAGGUCUGUAUGGCUUGCUUGCCUUACCAAGUUCCUCGAUUUUGCUUCACUUCUCUGCCGAUUUUGGUCAAGUUGACGCCGUGGAGCCCGCCGAUACUGGACUUGACUUGGCAUUUCGCACGCUACAUGCCCAUCAAACCCAAUCGGGUCUCAUUAUCCAAGCCACUGAGUCUGCAGUUGCUUUGAUUUCUGGAUCUCAAACGUCGCUUCAGUCUCUGGAAGACUUGCUCGGUAUAGAUGCCAUUAUUGCUGAGAAUGCCUUUUGUGCUGAUGAUGUUCUGGUCAUCUCCACCCAUAAUAACGGAAACACUCAGCUACACACCAUGCAGCUCGAAGGGAUGGAUAUCCAUGUCGCAAGUUCUUGGGAUAUAGCUGGUGAGGUAACAUGUGUAUCUCUUUUCAAGAUAUCUGGCAAUUGCUUCGUCAUCACGGGCUCUGUUGUUGACAGUGUGUCGUGGAUAUCCGUCUACGCACUGGAUGGUAAAGCCAUUGCCACCGAAGCGGUUGACAGGAAGAUAGUUAACCCCUCAAUAUCUGAAGCUCCAGGUGAAGCAUAUCAGUUUGAGCCGUUGACUAGCAUUUGUGUCCUGCAAGAAGGUGCUCACUCGGCUGAAUUUGUUGCUGGGACACGAUGCGGGCAUUUACUUACGUUGAGAGUCUCUGACCAGACCCCAAAACAUCUGAGCUGGAACAGCGAGGUUAUGGGCGUGGCCCCUGUCGACGUUUUCCCAACACAUGGUCCUUUCGAUGGCGGUAUAGCAGCCAUGACAUGCUGCGAUAAUAACCUUACAAUGAUGUCAAACUUUUCAGCCUUGGAUCUCAAGUUUCGCCAAAAAAAUUUCAUAUGGCUGACAGACUCAAAUGACGCCUCGAUGCCAUCCCCGCCGGUACACUCCGCUUUUGGUCUCGGUCUCAGCUUAUCAGGCUAUACUGGCCACAUGUCACUGAUGCUUCUUGCUGGAUCAAGACUUCUCAUCGCAGAUGUUUGGCCACACUUCUCUCUUGUUCCUAGAUGUCUGCCUCUGGAUGGAACUCCUACUAGAGUCAUCUUCUCGCAAACAUGGAAUUGCUUAGUAGUGGCAAUGCUCCGAGAUGACAAGUCAACAUUAGCAUUCAUCGAUCCCGACAGCGGACUUCAAAUUGCAACUGCUUCUGAUAAGGACAAGAAACCUUCAGACUUUAUUUCAGGCCUUGGUCAUGCAGGCGAUAGAAUCUAUGGUCUUAGCGAGUGGUUAUAUGUGAAAGAUGGCAAAACAUUUGCCUUCCUCUUGGUGUCGACGAAGGAUGGUAGGCUGCUCAUUGUGUCCGUGAAUAAAUCGGAAUCUCGGCCCGGUAAUGGCAGUGCAAGGAGAUUGCAAUACUGGACCCGUUAUAAGAAGGUAAUGGGUCGGCCCAUUUACUCAAUCGUGGGCGACAACGAUGGAAUCAUAUUUUGCGUGGACAGGACCAUUCACUGGGACGUCCUUGAUCUGACUGAGAAGAAACUACGACCUAUGAAACAGUACGAGGUCGAUUCUCCAGUAACCUCACUUCGGGUUGCGAACGGCAAGAUCUUCGCCUUAACCACUAUGCACUCCCUGGAAGUGAUUGACCACAGGGCAGGAGAAGACGACGAGAUGGACCUGAUUCACACGGAUGCUGUAUCCAGGACAACAAUUCAUAUGACCGACAUCGGUACCGAUGGAACGGACCCAGAAAUCAGCAGAUGGCCGGUUACCAUGCUCUCAGAUCACAGGGGAGGGCUUGCAGGUGUAUGGAUUCCAUGGGGCCAACGGCAUAAGGAAUUCCAGACGAUAUUUGAAGGCAUACUGCAAACUUCUGUCCGCCGGUUCACGCAAGCUCGAAGCCGUCCACUGUGGCUGGGGUCGGAUACACGUAACCGUUACGGCACUGUAGCCAGUAGUGAAGAAGGGUCGGAAGUAUUUGGAGUUUCUCUUGACGGCUCAUUACGUCAUUUCACAUUACUAAACCUCGAACUUUGGCGAGUUCUCAGCCUGAUACAGAAUUUGGCACUGCGAAGUCGAUUUUUCAACCCCAUGAGCGGUGGCCCGUCGGAUUCGGACAGCGUGGUGUCGGACGACGAUGUUGAUAUCGAGCCACAACCGCACCCCAAGCUAAUGCAUAUUGACGGCGACUUGCUGCAACGUUGUCUUGAAAAGAGAAUUCUCGAGAAACUAGUCGGGACAGCGGACGGACUGGAUCUCUUUUGUGAGUAUCUUGAUGACAUGGAGGGUGGUCGCUGGACAGAGGAGUUCAGGGAUGACAUUGGCACAUCAGAGGAGCAAAGACAAGGAGCUUAUUUCAAACUGGGAUAUGAUGUUCUGGAUUAUGUUUUGGCACCGGUUUUAUAG